GGGCUGCCCACCACUCCAGGCAAGUGUGCUCACUGCCCCCUAGUGUGUAUGUGGUGUUUCACUUCAUGGAUGGGUUAAAUGCGGAGGUGGAAUUUCCCCGGCUGUGGGAUCAAAAAUCUUAAGUGUCUUUUCUGCAGCAAGACUAAGGCUGCGUCCAAAGCUGCCAUACUAACAGCACGUCAACAUACCACUAUUACCAACAGCAGUGCGGCGUGUGCGGUUUGGGACGCGGUCUCAGUAGUUUUGCGAUCAUGUAUCAAGUGCGAACGUGACACGCCAGAUGGCAGCAACACCCAAAGAUCGUAUUAAUGCCAUCUGCUGUCAGAUGAAGUGGUUGCUAUUAAGGUUUGAUAUCAUUUCGUGUCUCCGUCGCUUUCACUCCGUCCACCGCUGACCUGCUAGCCGGGCAGCUCCACAGAGCCGCGGCUGCUGGUCCUCUCGCCAGAGACUCGCAGCCCUUACUGGGAAAGGAAGGCGACGCUGGCUUUCGCCGCGACGCGAUGGACGGAGGUGGAGGACCGGACAGGUGAGAGGGGAAGGACUCGGCGCGCGCGUUUCGGAAACGAAGGGUUAAUCUUCUGAUGACAUCAUCGCAUCCAGAGAGGAGGAGCGGCCAUCUUUUUCCAAGAGCAACAACUUCAGUUCCAGCGAAGGGAAAAAAAAAGUGGUGCUGGUGUUUCGCGCUGGUUCAGUCAUGUCGCUCGGUGUGUUUCGGAGCUCCUCGUCUGGAAGGUCGGUGUAGACGAGUCGUCAUGACCUAGUGAACUUUGAAAAGACAGGAUCUCCCUCUACACUUCUUCUGUGACAGGCCACUCUCUGAGGUUCCCACAAUUUGGUGGCUCCACCCCCUCCUUGUUUCCAGGGAGACCCUUGCCGCCCCCCCCCCCUCCUCCAAGGAGACAUGGAGCCUCAAGGGAGUCUGGGAACAGAGGGGGAACAGAGGGUUCUGGUUCCAAGCCCCAGGAGCGAAGCUGUGACUCAUGACAUGGAGGAGCUGUCCCUGCAGCCCAGUCAGAGUCUUCCACCCAUCAAGGAGCGCAAGAAUGUCCUGCAGCUCAGACUACAGCAGAGACGCACUCGGGAGCAGCUUGUGGACCAGGGCAUCUUUCCAUCACUGAAGACUCCUGUUGCCUUUCAUGAGCAGAUCCGAAGCCUGGAGAGAGCCAGGACUGAGAACUUCCUGAAGCACAAGAUUGGUAGUAGACCUGAGCGUGCAGAGCUGGUCCGCAUGCACAUCCUCCAAGAGACCCAGGCAGAGCCCUCACUGCAGGCCACCCAGCUGAAGCUGAAGAGGGCUCGAUUGGCCGAUGACCUCAAUGAGAAGAUCGCCCAGCGGCCUGGUCCAAUGGAGCUGGUAGAGAAGAACAUCCUACCUGUAGACUCCAGUGUUAAAGAGGCCAUCAUUGAGGGUGAGGUGAACUAUCAGAAGACCCUGGACGUGUAUAACUUUGAUGAGGACAGUAGUGAAGCUCUGUCUCCAGAGAAUCCAGCAAGUCAGGAGUCUCAGUGCUCAGUCCCAUCCCCAAGAGAGGCUAAGCUGCCUGACAUUUCCUCUGCUUCCCAAAGCCCUGGUUCCAAUGUGCAGCUCUGUCCACCUACAACCCAGAGCGCAGAGUUCUUCAGCCGAACAUCAGCAGAGGAUCAAGCAAACGCUCGGCUCACAGCUGCUCCUCAGCCAGCCAUCACCGCUGCCCCCACCAAACCUGGCCCCACCCUUUUGAAGCAAAGUCAGCCCAAGCUGCCCAGUGAGAAGAGCCGCAGCAAAAAGAGCAAAGAGCCCAAGCCGAGGGUGAGGAAGCUUAAAUAUCACCAGUACAUCCCACCAGACCAAAAGCAGGAGCCCAAUGAGGCCCCUAUGGACUCGGCCUACGCCCGACUGCUCCAGCAGCAGCAGCAGUUCCUGCACCUUCAAAUCCUCAGCCAGCAGCAGCAGCACUACAACUAUCAGGCCAUCCUACCUGCGCCUCUCAGGCCUGUAGCUGAGGCUCAGAGCAGUUGCCCUAAUGUGGCCCUGGGCAACAGCCAAGCUCUGCCUGCUCCGAUUGUAGUGUCCAUGCCCAGUGCUGCACCUGCACGCCCCCACCACGCCAUGAAUAACCGAAAGCCUGGCCCUCUGCCGGCCAACCUGGACGAAAUGAAGGUGGCUGAGCUGAAGAUGGAGCUGAAGCUACGUGGCCUUCCUGUCUCUGGCACCAAGACGGACCUCAUAGAGAGGCUGAAGCCCUACCAGGAGAGCUCCGCUGCCACCAGCCCCAAGCCAGCUCCAGCCAUGGACACUAUCGCUCCUCCAGCCAGCCAGCAGCCUGACAGCAUGAGCACAACUCCCCCUGUGUCUCCUGCGCAGUCAGAGCUGUCCACUGCCCCGAUGGAGGAAGCUGUUGGGGGCAGCAGUGCUAAAGCAACGGCUGCCCCACCUCCAGCUCAGCCAGCAGGAGGUUCGUCACCCCUGAAAACAGAAGACAUGGAGACCAAAGUGUCUGAUAAGGACCAGCGGCUCCAUGAGAAGGAGCGGCAGAUUGAGGAGCUGAUACGCAAGCUGGAGCAGGAGCAGCGUCUAGUGGAGGAGCUGAAGAUGCAGCUGGAGGUGGAGAAGAGGAGCCAACAAGGAGCAGCGGCACAGCAGAACGACCCCAGCCCUCCAGCCCACGUCAAAGAGGAGCGCGAUGCCUCCCCCAGCUGUGGCUCAAUGCAUGGGCCCAUGCCGGUGUCCCCAGCUGGGCUGAAACAGGAGGAAUCCCAGGCACAGGUGCACACGGCCCCAAUGCAGCAGUUUUACGUGAGCUCUCCACAGCAGCUGCCCCAGACCUCCCUCAUAGCUCAGCCAGGCCCCCAUAUCCUGCUGCCCACUACCAUCCACCUGACCAACAAGUCCACCACACCACAGACGCAGCCAGUUCUUCAGACCGCAGUGUCUGGCUCGGCCCAAAUGCAAACUCCACUUCUGAAGCCGUUGAAAACUGAGAGCGCAGCAUUUCAGCAGCAUGCAAAUCAGACACAAGCCACUCCACAGACAAUGCCACUGUGCAGCAGCUCAGGCUUCCAGCCAGGCCAGUCCAUGAGUGAGGUUCCCCAGUGUUUCAUUAGCAACUCCCAGGAGUCCUGCUCACCCAGAGUCUCUCCCAGACACUCAGCCAUGAAUGGGCUCACCAAACCUCCAUCCACUUGCCAGCCCACCUACAUCCUUUCACCAUCUACAUUCACCAACCACCACAGCUCCAAGAGCAAAGACCCACCUCGCUAUGAGGAAGCGGUCAAACAGACGAGAGCACUUCAGGCUACUCUGCAGGUUCCAAAUGCAACCAGUCAGCAUAUGGAUGACUUGUUCGAUGUCUUGAUUGAGAGUGGAGAAAUUUCCCCCCUGAUCACGCAGGAUCCUCUCUCAGUGGACAAGCUCCUGCCCGUGACAGCCAGCAUUACUACGCUUCCCAUCAACACAGCACUGUCCCGGCCUCCGCCGCAAGUCCAGGUAGCCCACCCACCUGAGCCUCCACCUAGCCUGGUCGCACUAGCCACAGACCACCAGCUGGAGGCGUUGCUUGAGGGCACAUUGUCAGCUGACGCCGAACCCCGCACUCUACGUUUGAUGGAGGAGCUGCACAGCCACCUGCUGGAACGGCCUCAUUCCCCAAUGGACACAGAUGAGCUGGCCUUCUCUGACUCCCCACCCCCAUCCCUGCAUCUGCAUGACACCAACCUGGACAACAUGGAGUGGCUGGACCUGACAGCGCCUGGACCCACAGGCAUCUCUGCCUCCACUGGAGUCUUCUCCUCAGAUUUCCUGGACUCUCAUGACUUGAACUGGGACUGAAGAGAGCUUCUGAAGUGAACCAUGGUCUAGGUAGUCGGGGGCGGGGGGGGGUUGACUAAAGUUGUCCAGGUUUCAAGAAUCUCAAGGGAACACUUGUGGAGGAGGAGAAGCAGAAUAGACAAGAAGGAGAUACCGUUGGCUUGAAGAGAGAACAGAGGGAAGGAAUAGUUCAGUGGUUUAAAUGAUUGCAGAACUUGGUGGUCUACCAGAGGUUUUAGAUACUGCUGCACCAGUCUGGCGAUGGUUCUGUGGACAACUAGGUCAUAGACAUUGGUCAUGAGUGCUUCAUUUACUGCUCUUUUCAUCUGGGCCUGAUAACCGUGGUCAAAAGCCAGGUGUUAUGAGCACCGCUGACUAUCUUUGAAGACAAAGAAAGAAUGUGAGACAUUUUGUAAAUUAUUUUCCAACCUUCUCAAGUUAGUUUUGUUACUCAGUUUUUCACAUUGCUUUGGCAGCUUUCUUAUAACAUUUGAAGAAUGUUUUAGAAUUAUGGCUUAGCAUAUUUCCUUAAAAAAAUAGAUUCUGUUUCACUCUGUUCUAAGGAAGCUGAGGAAAUUAGAUUAGAAGGAAAUGGCACUAUUUAUUUGUGUGCCUUUAUUAUGAACCAUGUCCAGAAACAACAAAUUAUUGUUAACAAUGUAGCCAGCACAUGGGCAUUUAUACAGAAAAUGUGGCACCUAGCCUUUUACAUUAGCAUCAUCUAGUCUCUCAUUUGGCUUUGAGGGAAAUUGAAACUUAAAAUGCCGAAGCACUGAAUGGAUCCUCGAUGGUUCUUUUUCUGUGAAUGCCAUAGGCUCCUGGCUUGUAGUAACUCAGAAAUCUGUGCCAGUGUGACCCCCCCCGUUUGUCAGGCAUACAGUGCUUCAGGCACCCAGCGAGCAUGGCCUUCUGGAAGCCAGCAUGUGGACGGGGUAAGGGUCACAGUGAGUUUGUUUACCAAAGCCAGCAUGAGGCCACUGUACAGAGAAGCGCAUAGUCUACUGCUCCCGCAUGCUUGCCAGGUCAUUAUCAUCCCCAACAAAAGGGAAAUAGAACAGUAUCGCCCUAACCUCCACCUUUUUUGGGUGCAGAGGGCACUCACUCCCGCAUACCGAUCAGCUGAAACCAGUAUUCAUGGCAUUGUGUUUUGAGCCAGACCGGCAUUUACUCAGCACCAUAAAAGCGGUGUCUGCCAGCAUUUGUAAGAGAAAUAAACGAUUAGUGCACUUGUGGGAAAAAAGCGGUUUUAGAAAUUUGGCAUGAAGGAUGGGCUGCUAGUGUUAUUUACAUACUGAUGUAGAACUAGGAAGAUGGGUAAGCCUCGGUGAUGUGACUUUAGUUUUAUGCCCCCAACUGAGUUGUGAAAGUAUUAAAUAUAAAAUGGCUUUCAACAACUUUGUCACCCUAACCGCAUCAAAAAAUGCCUUUGUACUGUUACUUUUUUGAUAAAUGUGAAAAUGGCGACACCUUCUGGCAAUACUGAGAACAGGCAGCUGAAUGAGAUGGAGCGAAUUGUUCUUUUUAGUGCAUCUUUUUAGAUACGCUGUGUAAUUCAGAAUUUAGCUUUGAUUUGGCUUGGCAGCUGUCCGGGCAGAUUUGCAGUGCACUGGCCAUGAUCUGUUGACUGAGAAGGCUACUUAAUCCUUUUCAUUGAAAGGUUUCUUUACAAGUAGUGCCAAAAAUGUAGCACUUUACCUGACUCUAGAAUACAUUUACUGACAAUCAAUUCAAUAUUUUAGCCACACGCUCAGACAAAAGAAUGUAUUUUAUUACUACAGAGAUAUAAUUCAGCCUUUUGCCAAAGAUGGAACGCUCUUCAACCAGACACAUGUAGCUCUUUAUUUGCUGCUUUCUCAUUCACAGUCAUCAAAAUGUACAUUCAUGGAAAUAUAAAGCCUUUCAAAAGGACUUCUUUUGUGGAAAAUGUUAACAAGCAUCAAUGGCUCCAUCACGAAGUAGAUCAUCCACAUAAUGGAUUUAGUUUAGACUCUUCUGUAAACUUGUCUUUUAAAAUGAUGUCCAUUUCAAUGACCUGAUCUCAAAUUUACUCAUGCUAUUGGAAUUGAACAUUUUUGCACACAUUUACACCAUCAGCAUACAGUGGAAGGCACCCCACCUGCAUCUCACUAUUAUCUAGUCAGAGCUAGCGGUCUUAAUCACACAGUCAGGGAUCUAAUAGCAGCUUCAUGACAGCCUUAGUGAAUUUCCGAAGUACAGAAAAGUAAAGAAGAAGAGUCAAACAGUCCUCUGAAUGUAAGAACCAUAGAUAAUUCCAAAACUACACCAAUAAGCAGGACAUCACGUACGGCUGUUUAGGCUUACAGCUGGAGAGUUGUAGAUGGAAACUGAAGCAUCUGCAAGGUGUGAUAUUCAGUAGGAGCAUAGCAUAUAUUUGAUAUCAACAAAAACAGCUGAGGCCUUAAAGGGGCAUUUUCCAGAUUUUUUAUCUUCUGCAUAAUCGAUAAGAUGUAAGCAAUGUCUCUCAGAGUAUUUCGGAGUGGAUGUGAAGCUGGUGUUCCAAAAACAUUCCAGUGAAUCUGUACAAUGGACCAUUUUCCUACCAAACAUACUCUGGAGAAUUAAAGUUUGCUGAAUGUUUGAAAAAUCUGGACUUCCCCUUCAAGUCAGAGAUCAAAAAGAUCUGCCAGAUACACUGUUAACUGGUCACAAUUAAGGCAGUGUUCCUGCUCACCCAGAGUCCCCAGAAGUUACAGAAUGUGCUUUAAAACAAUAUGAAACGCAGCCUUUGAGGUCCUUGACCUUCUGCAAUAAAUGUCAGAGUUGAUGUUAAAAUUGCUGUUGAUAUAAUUGCAUAUGCCUUUGGAACUUAUUACAUAUCCAAAGGUCUUUGA